AUGGCUUUGGACCUAUUCUUCCCGCACCAGUCGGGCCCUAACUAUUGGGAUUCGCGGCAAUGGCUGGAGACCCUAUUCGGCCAACACUUCGGGCUCGACGUGGCGGCCGGGGGUCUCCGUAACGGCGCCGACGGCGUUUCGCAAGUGGUGAACGCCGGCGACCGGUUCGCCGUACGACUCGACUGUCGGCACUUCGCGCCGAAAGAGAUUACCGUCAAAGUGGUCGACCAUCAGCUCGUCAUACACGGCAAGCACGAGGAGCGCACCGAUAGUCACGGAUGGAUUCAACGAGAGUUUACGCGCCGGUAUGUAUUGCCCGAUGGUUGCGAACCCGACAAAGUGUUGUCCAGUUUGGACGGGACGGGCAUACUGUCCAUAGAGGCACCCAAAAAGGCUUUGCCCCCACCGGACAACAAGGAGCGUGUCGUUCCCAUUGCUAUUAAAAAGUGAACAUGCUCAUAUUGACCUCGAACUGGGAGCUGAGUGAUAUAAUACGUGACCCGCAAAACUUAUUGACAGUAUUUAUCAUAUUUAUUAAUUACUGUACAUAAUAUAAUUACUUUGAAUUAAUUUUAUUUAAGCUUGAAC